AUGACAAGAGACGGAUACAAGAAGGUUCCUGAUGAAGAUCACACAGAGAAAGUCAGCUGUCUAUCAUUCAUGUUCUUUCAUUGGAUGAACAAUGUGCUCAAGACAGGCAAUGAACGACCAAUAGAGCAAAGUGACUUUUUGCCUCUUUCGGAAGAAAACACGUCCUCUUUUCUAAUUGAACACCUUCAGAAAGAAUGGAACAAGGAAAAAGCCAAGUGCAAGGGAAAGACAAAACGACCAAAACUUUGGAAAAGCGUUCUAAAACUGCUUCCUCUCAAAGAAGUGCUGAUUCUAACCGUGAACUACGCUUUGUAUUCUCUGUCACGCCUCCUGCAGCCAUUGCUUCUAGGAUUUUUUAUGGUAUCUCUGAUGUCACCAGAAUUACACUCGGUGUAUCUUUUGUAUGGUUGUGCUUUAGGCAUGGGUAUCAAUGCUUUGAUUGGUUCGCUUGCCAUGCACCACUUUGACUACAGAGGUGAAGUGUGGGGACUUCGAUUUAGCAGCGCCCUCAAAGGAUUAAUUUACCUCAAGGUAAGGAUAUGACAGUCAUUCCCGCCCUUCCCAUCUUCUAAGGAAAAAAGCCCUGGGAACGAGGUUGGAUUUUUUCCCUACAACGACCUCCACAAGAAUAAACCUUUCCUUUAAUUUGAAUACUUCAGCAGCGACCUUAGCCGCAAGAAACCAAACUUUAUUCAGUCACCUCCUAAUGAUACGUAUAAACAGAACAUAAAAUCCUUUAUGUACGUAUAUAACUAUAGAUGUCUAAACUGAAAAUUUCUUAUUAUCCACUUCCCUAAGGACUCUUUAGAGUUAUUAAUCACAUUUGUUUGGGGGACUUUUUGCCAGUCUACUAACGAUCAAUGAAGUAGUAAGUUAUGAAUACCACCCCCCCCAAAUAUGAAUCUGAAUUUGACAUCGACAACGGCACCCACCAGGGAUUCCGUCCCCGGAUAUAUGUUACUAAAACGGAGAACUGGGAGACUGGAACUAGCACGGGGAACAGGAAAAUGAAAAAAUGGAAACAAAGUAGAGAGCUGGAAAUGAACUUAGUGAUAGGGCUGAAGUUCCAGUUAGGUUUUUUUCUCAUCCUUCAUUUUUGCCGUUUCGCGUGCUUGUUCCCCGCUCCUUGUUUAUUCACAUCCCUCUGUCCCCUGCUAUUAAAGAAGAGUGUGAAGGUUUUUAGCGCCUGGGGGAGAGCCCAAUCUUAUUUGGCCUUGGCAGGUACGUGCCGCUAAAGAGAGUUAGUGUUUUAAAGAGGGUGUCGUUUCUGGCCCCGAAGCUUUUAAAAGAGGGGGAAUUGGGUUGGCGAUGAGCGGUCUAUAUUUGUGGCACCGACAACAAAAAUCUAAUUCUAUGAUCGCAGUUUUUUAAACCUAAUUCUGUACGCGAAAUGAGCCAGUGUCAUUUUAUGAGCUCUCUUGUCUUUAACAGGGAAGCGAAAGACGAUUUUUGUGCUAAAAAGGGUCAUUGUUUGAAGUCCUCGGCGACACUGGUACCCAAAACUCCCUUGAGCGCCGCCCCAGGCUUUUACAUUCCACAAAAUCUUUUUAUGAGCAAAGGUGGUGAGGAACCUAUCGUUUAUGGCUUAACCGAGAAGACUGGUAACUCGAACCGUUUGCAGACAACAAAGGCAGCACUUUCUCCUCAGGCAUUUUAAAGCCCCGAGCGUUGAUCCGGCUGAGUUGUGAACAUGCGACCUCCCUGUUCAGCGGACUUCUAUUCUUUUUCAUUGGAAUUUUAAGACAAAUUUUUCACGCGCAGGGCUCCUGUCACGCGUCAGUGUUUAAUUGCUAAUCUUUUCGACCUUUUAUAACAAUCAGCUAACGUCUGGUAGUUUAUUUCUUUUUCAGACACUCGUUCUCACGAAGAGUGCCUUGCUAAAGUUUUCAACUGGGCACGUGAUCGAUCUCAUAUCAAACGAUGUGCAACGAUUAGAAGAGGAGGCUUUCAAGUUACUAUUCUCAAUAGUUUUUACAUUAUUCGAGGUCGCCGUAGUCACAAUCUGGCUGGUGUACUUUAUCGGCUGGCAGUCAUUAAUGGGCGUUAUUUUCCUGGCUUGUCUUUCUCCAUAUUACGCUCUGAUGUCCGCCGCUGGCUCUAAGUUGCGCCUGCGCACAGCCGGGGUUUCUGACCAGAGGCUCUCGUGGAUGAACCAGGUAGUUUCUGGGAUUCGCGCCAUCAAAACAAAUGCAUGGGAGAAGGAAUACCGAGAGAGCAUUAAAAGUACACGAAGGUAGGAAAAACACAAUAGACCUUUAAACUUGUAAAUUUGUUUUUUUCAAGUCAGACCAGGUAAUGCUCUUAAGGGAAUUUGCCGUGUCUCUUCAUAAAUCAUGCACAAAUAUGCAUGGUUAUCUCCUACACAAAAGUACGUGGCUUUUGUACUAAAAGACAACGUACUUAAGAAACAAUGAGUUCCUAAUUAGACCUUUCUAUGCUACGCAAAAUCUAUGUAUAUAACAUAAAGAAUGAAGUAGCCUCAGAACUGACAGCAGACAUUUCGUGCGCGAGCCCACCACUGGUUUUCCCGCGAAGAAAUGAAAUCUGAGGAACGAGCGCAGAAAUUCCAUACUGAUGACGUGUCACUACCCAGAUCUGGGUAGUGUCUGAUUGGUUGAAGCAAGAUUUCCCACGCGGCGCGACAAAUCAGAAACACUAUCCAUACUUAGGGUCAAUUUCAUAGAACUAUUACAAGUGUAAUUUACAAGUGUGGCUAUUGCUCUCAUUCUCUAAAACAAUAGCCAUACUUGUCAAUUACACUUGUAAAAGUUUUAUUAAACUGGCUCCAGGAUAGUGAAAAGUCAUUAGUAGAGAAUUUAUGCGCUUGUUUCUAAGACGUUAUUUCGUGUGAAAACCACUAGUGGUAUCGCGAAGUGUCAGCAGUUUUCUCAGGCUAACAAUGACGCGCAUCUUUUAAUAUCAUUAAUUCUUUUAAUAUUUUCUUUUCAGCCGUGAGAUAAGUAUUAUCCGAAAGAAGAGCAUCAUUUUGACAAGCCUUGCUGCCUUGGACAUGGCUUCAGGGCCAAUAGCUGCACUUGUGUCUGUUAUCGCAAUGGCAUUAACUGGGAAACACCUGACACCAGUUAAUGUUUUCAUGCUUAUCUCUUUCAUCUAUGUAUCAAGAGUCACCUGUUCAAUUUUAUUGGCCAGUGGUUUGCAAGACACAUAUGACGCAUAUGUUUCACUCAACAGAAUAGAAUAUUUUCUUCUGUUACAAGACCCACCCAGGGGCACUGCUCCAGCUCUUCAGUUCGCGGAUCCCACAAGAAACAUGGAGGGGACCGCAGCGAUGUUGAAGGGUUCUUUAUGGCAGCGCAAGGAAGAAAUGAGAGAAAACGAAGAAGAUGGCAUUGCUGAACAUCAAACCCGUGACACGAUGGAUACUUUGAUUGUUUCAAGAUUAAGUUAUGAACAGUCAAAGCGAAAAGAUGAAUUUAUUCUACAAGAUAUCGAAUUUAAGGCAGCUUCAGGGACCUUAACAGUCAUUACCGGGCCAGUAGGUAGCGGAAAGUCUACCCUUCUCUCAGCAAUCGCUGGCGAGGUACCAGACAAACAGGGGAACGUAAUCUGCAGAGGGGCUCUUGUUUACGCACCUCAGAUAGCUUGGGUAUUCUCGGGAACAAUUAGAGAAAACGUUUUGUUUGGCGAACCAUACAAUGAAUCCAAGUACAAAAGAGUCAUUGAAGCUUGUGCGCUGAGAGAAGACAUUCAUCAGUUUUCCGAUUGUGACGAAACAAUGGUUGGAGAACGCGGUGAAUUGUUGAGUGGGGGUCAGCGGGCCAGAGUAAGCUUGGCACGCGCAGUCUAUGCUGAUGUGGACCUUUACUUGUUCGAUGACCCCUUAAGCGCCGUAGAUGUCAAGGUUGGUCAACAUAUUUUUGAAAAAUGCUUCAAAGACCUGCUGGGUCAAAAAACCCGUGUGAUUGCUUCCCACCAAGAGCAGCUUAUGGAAGAGGCUGAUAAUAUCAUUAUGUUGUAUAAAGGAUGCGUGUUGGGUGAAGGAAGCUUUAAUGAGCUGAAGAAAAGAGGAAUUCUGAAUGAAACUAUUGACCCACUUUAUGCCAUGAAAGUAAGCAGUGGCAAGUCAGAUCACCACCUUGAUGAACGUAAUAAUGAGGACGAUGGUGCAUCCGACAAACCUUUCCCACCUCAGGUCAAAAACGAGGCAAAGGGUCUACAGAUAUCGGAAGAAGAUCGCAUGAUCGGAGUCGUGUCAUCCAAGCUUUACUGGAAUUACUUCAGAAGCGGGUUGAAUUCACUGGCGAUAAUUUCAUUAUUCCUACUUGUUCUCAUUUCACAAGGUAAGCGACAGUUUUACAGGUUUAGAGAACGGAUUGUAUCAUCGGAAAAGCCCCGACGCGUUAUAUAUUUUCAUCAAUAUAAUGAUGAGUUAAAUACAACCCUACUGGAAACUACGCUCUCCUGGAGAGACGACGGGAAGAGAGACCUGCGCUACUAAGUUGCAAUAUACGCUUUCGCGAGAGCACUGUACGCAUGCGUACAUUAUCACCCCUUACAUUAUCCGCUGACGCCCCCUAAGAAUAUCCAGUUUGCAUAACCGAGUCUUUCAAACGCAGCUUGUAAACUGCGUUUCAUCCGCCCCGACUCUCUUAAAAAAUAUCAAUAGCAAUAACAGUAACUAUCAUAACAAUAAUGAUAAUGAUAAUAAUAAAAUACUGAUAGUAAUAGUAGUAAUAAUAAUAACAAUAAUAAUAAUAAGGAAGAAGAAGGAAAUUAAAAAGAAUUUUCCCUUCCAAAUCAUGGAAGGAAAAUGAUGAUGGGAAAACGGAAAAUCAGGCGUCAGGUUAACUGAUGAAUAUGAAAGUCAGUUAUAAAAUGAAAAGUCCAUCCACUGAAAUCACACAAACUCUUACGUAGCGCCGAGAUAAUUGUUGUUUUACUUAUCAAACCUUUUUGCUUUUCUAACUUGACGUUAUCGUUGCCGUCGCCGUCGCCGUCGCAGUUGUUUUAAACUGUUUUUGUCUCACUCUUUUCACAGCAUUGCUAGUUUCUCCUGAUGUAUGGCUGUCUAUUUUGACACAGAAAAGUCCAGACGAUCAGCGUAACAAGACGAAUUUAACCAUCUACGGUUGUCUGGUCACCGCAGCCUUCAUAUUUGCCAUCAUCCGAGCGCAGGUAUUCCACCUGGCUUCACUGAGAUGCUCAGAACGUCUUCACGACAAAAUGGUUGUGGCUGUUCUACAAGCCCCGGUGCUCUUCUUUGACUCCAAUCCCGUGGGGAGAAUCAUGAAUCGUUUCUCUAGAGAUAUAGGUUGUUUGGACGAAUUACUGCCUAAAACGUUUCUGCUCUCCAUUCAGUAUGCUUUGAUGAUGUCGACAGCAAUUCUUGUGCCAGCUGCCACGAAUCCUUGGCUUCUACUGGUUUUCGUACCCGCCACUUUCCUAGCUGUCUACAUUACCAGCUACUACUUGAAGACAUCUAGGGAACUGAAAAGACUGGAAUCCAUUUGUCGCAGUCCGGUUUUCUCUCACGUUUCAGAGACCCUGAAUGGACUGGACACGAUUCGGACAAGGAAAAGACAAGAUGACUUUGUGGAUCGGUUUCAUGGGUGUGUUGAAAUCUUUUUUUAUUUUUUCAUUUUUGCAUGAUAUAGUGAUUACAGACAAACACCUCGGGAAAACGGACACCUAUAGAGUUGAUCUAUGCCGCUCUUUACUCCCAGGGUUUGUGACAUCACUCUGAGACGGACCCAACGGUGUCCGUCUUCGGAGAGUCACGGCUAUCCCAGAAAAUAUCACUUCUUUCUACUCUCAAGCGCGAUUACUCAAAUGGUUUGAUGGUUAGGUUGCGUUUUUCGAGUUUAUAAUGAGACACGUUAAAUUGAACCAAAAUCCUUAUUUGACAGACAAGAAACUCUCAGCAGAUGAUUCUUCAACUUACUAUGGCAUACACACACUCAGUGAUAUUGGCUGUUUUAAGCAAUCUGACUGGUUCGCUAACUAGGAAAAUUGAGCAUCAUUCACUACCUAGCGAGUGAAAAAUGCAUGAUCUUCAAAACAGAAAAAAAAGGAAUUGAAUGAAAGAAGAUUAGAAACAAGUUAAGAAGCUUUUAACCGUUUUAUGAUGACGUUAAGAUAAAUAAGUGUGUUCUACUUUUCAAGGCAUUGCAAGGCGAAUCGCACAUGUAUAUCAAUUGACUAUUUUCGAAUUCCCCAUAAUACACUCUGUCUGCCCCCCAAAUUUUGCAUAACUUAUUGUCUUAAAAUGCUCUUGGGAAAAUACAAUACUCCCAGGAGCAUUUAAAAACAAUGGUUUAUGCAGAAUUUGGGGGGCAAACAGAGUGUAUUAUGGGGAAUUCGAAAAUAGAGAAUGAUCUCUCCCGUACAAGCCUGAAAAUUUUUUUCAGGCUUUCUUUCGCAACUGCAAAAGUUGCGUAUAUAACCACUAUGAUCAUCCUUCAUUUAAUUCUUCACUCCACAUUUCAAAUAUAUGAUUUUCAUAUAUUCAAAACUUGAUCUGUUAACUGUUACGAACAAAUCAGUGCACGGUAGAAAGACGAGACAUGGCCAAUAUAACUUCGUAUGCCCAAAGUUUCGACACAUCACCGAAGCGGGAAGGUCUUUUAGCGUCAGUAGCAUACGGUUGUGGAACAGUCUGCCUGAUGAUAUUAAAAGGAAAAACAGUCUUUCAUCUUUUAAGAAUGCUUUGAUAGCUUAUUUUAGAGAUUCUUAUAUUGAUAUUGAUAAUUUUGAAGCCUUAUCUUUGCAUUGUUAGGUUAGUUAAUUUAGUUGAAGGCCAAUAGCUUAUCAGCUUCUGCUGUUAUGUGUUAACUUAUUUUACUGAUUCUUAUAUUGAUAUUAAAAAUUUUUAAGCACUAUUGUAAAUAUAUAUCUGUAAUUUUUAGGUUAGUUAGUUUAGUUGGAGGGUCACUGGUUUAUCAACUUCUGCUGUUAUGUGUUUACCCUCAUUUUAAAAUAAAGUUGAUUGUUAUUAGACUUUAACAUGAAUAAAAACAACAGGCCAACCAACCUCUGAUGAGGAAGUAAUUUUGCGAAAUAAUUUCCCUACCGUCGGCUAGAAACGGGCAAAUUAGAAAUCAUGUUGCAUUCUCAUGAAGAAACCAAGAAUUUCUUUGGGAAUAUAAUAAAAUUUCUUUCGUUUUACUUCCUCAGGUAUCAAGAUGUAUACAGUCAGGUAUAUAUUAUGGUGAAGGCGAGUGCUCGGUGGCUUGGUCUUCAUAUGGAUCUUCUCUCUGCUAUAUUAAUUGGCACAGUGGCAGUAGCUGCCGCUUUGGUUUCUCAAGAUGCUGGUACGUGAACCAAUAUCCAGUCAUAACAUUGUUUCAACAUUGUGAAAGAGAACUUUAAGUUAAAUACACUUUUUCGCGUUCUUAUAUACAGAGGAAUCUCGAUUUUUCGAACCACCUCUGGAAUAGCGUUGAAAUUGGUUUAAUUGGGCCUUGUCCGGUCCACAUAAAAUCAAUUUGAGCCUUGCUCCGCUACUCCCUUGAAUACCGAAAAACCCAAACUUAAGAGAAAUGAAAGGUUUUUCUCUUUUGGCUCAUUAUAAAGCUGAAUUUUGCAAAACGGAAACAAAAUCGAAAUUAUUUUUAACCAAAUUGAACCAUUUUCAACAAUCACAAGGCCAAGUAAACAAAAACAAAACAAAUGUUUCUCUUCCCGCCCACUUCAUUUUUUGGGUCCGCCUCUCUUUUUUAUUAUUUGUUUAUGCCAAAAGAGGAGAUACAAGCCAAAGAAAAAAACCAAGAAACUUUCAGGCAGGCUAAAUGACAAAGCCAAGCAUUCAUUACACACUGCGUCCUAUUCACGUUUUUAAUGCAACCUACAUUACGAGAUAUAAGGUACGACACAUCACGUUGCUGUUUAAAACUUGUACCCUAUAAACCAAAUUUGUGUUUUAGCAAUAUCUGACGUUUCAUUCAAUCCCGACAUUAAUAUUUGUCCGAAGAACUCCAUCUUAUCCCUGGGAGAAGGCAAUAAUAAUUUGUAAAGAAAGCAUUAAAUUUAAAAGUAAAUAAAAGUCAGAAAUAACAAAAAAGAUCCCGCCUGCUCUCUUUUUCGAAGUAAGCCGGACGAGAAACAGUUGCCGCUUUUUUUUUUCGCUUGGCCUAACAAGAACAAAAACAACUAUUAAUAGUAGCAGUAUUUAGUACGGUUUUUAUUACCAAAAGCGGUAGGAUGCAAAAUUAAUAAGGUCAGCUGUAACAAAAACUUAUAAACACGUUAAAUAUUCUUUUUCUUUUCCAAUUAGCAUUUGCUGGUCUAGCCCUUGUUUACGUUAUUCAAACUUCAGUUGUCACACAAUACGCCGUCAGGAAAGCCUCAGAAGUCGAAAAUUUAAUGACAUCAGUUGAACGAGUUAUCACGUAUACCAAACUUGAGUCUGAGCCUGGAUACAAAGUGAAACGACUUCCCCCGGAAAAUUGGCCAAGUGAAGGAAAUAUCACAUUCCAUGACGUAUCACUGACGUAUUAUCCGGGAGGUCCUCAAGUACUGAGGAAAAUAAACCUCACAAUCAAAGGAAGAGAAAAGAUUGGUAUCGCUGGUCGAACGGGCGCAGGAAAAUCUUCAUUUGUCGCUUCUCUAAUGCGCAUGCCCGAAGCCGAUGGAGUGAUAACGGUCGAUGAAGUUCGAAUAAAGGACAUAAACCUCUACGAAACACGACGCUCAAUAUCAAUUCUAGGCCAAAGUCCUGUUAUUUUUAGUGGAUCACUCAGAAAAAACCUUGAUCUUAUGGAGCAGUUUCAAGACGCAGAAUUGUGGUGCGCUCUAGAAGAUGUACAGCUGAAAGAUUUAGUGGAAAGCCUGGAGGGGCAGCUGAAUCAUGAGUUAUUGGAGUACGGGGGAAAUGUCAGUGUAGGAGAACGCCAACUGAUCUGUUUGGCUCGAUUGUUGCUACAGCAGAACAAGAUCAUUAUCUUGGAUGAGCCAACUGCACACGUUGAUCCAGACACAGAACAAACCAUUUGGAAGGUGGUUCAUGAGAAGCUGAAGGACUCCACAAUCAUCACUAUAGCUCAUCGUUUAAACACGAUAAGAGACUGUGACAGGAUCCUGGUAUUAAAGGACGGACAAGUUAAGGAAUUUGACAGGUUCGAUAGGUUAUUGAACACCAAAGGAAGUGUCCUGCGAGAAAUGAUUGAAAAGCUAGGAGUGUGA